AACGUUCUUUCUUUACCGUCAAGUGGCAAAAAUAAAAACACACGUGCAUUAACGCAAGGAAAUUUGUUGAAUUUUUAUAGAAUUUUAUAAAAAAUUCGGCAAAAAUGCGUAUUGAAACGUGUUACUUUUGCUCCAGCAAAAUCUAUCCAGGACAUGGAGUAAAUUUCGUGAGAAACGACUGCAAGAUAUUUAAAUUUUGCCGUGGCAAAUGCCAUAAGGCCUUCAAACGCAAGAAGAAUCCCCGUAAGGUGAAAUGGACCAAGGCUUACCGUAAGGCAGCCGGCAAGGAAUUGGCUAUCGACCCCAGUUUUGAAUUUGAGAAGCGUCGCAAUUGUCCCAUUAAAUACAAUCGUGAAAUGUGGCAAAAGACUUUGGAUGCCAUUAAGAAAGUUAACGAGAUCAAAGAACGUCGUCAAGGUCAAUUCAUUUUGGAACGUUUGCGCAAGGGUCGUGAAGUUGAAAUUCAAAUGGAUGUUAAGGAUGUACAGCGUAAUAUCUCCCUUAUACGUUCUCCGGCUGCUGGCCUAAAGGAACGUCGUGCCAAGGAAGAAGCCGAAGAAGCUGCUCUAAUGGAACAAGACUUACCCGAGGAGGAAAUUACUUAUGUCGAUGCCCGCGAACUAGAAAAGAAACUCGAAGAAGGUCUCAUGGAUGACGACAUGGAAAUGAUGAAAGCCUAAAGUGGCUAGUAAAGGGGGAGUUCUUAGAUUUAGGUCUUAUCUAUAAGUUUUACACAUUAGAAAAAAUGAACCGCUGUACUAUUCUUAACGUAAAUCCAUGUAAGAAUAAUCAUCAAACUUAGACAAGAAUAUUUUAUUUAAACUACAAAUAAAAUAAAUGUGAUUUGUGAAUAAUUUUAAA